UGUAGCAAGGAUCUACACAAGACCUUUGGUCGCGCUCGUGAUUAUGCUAUAGUUGUGUUGCUAAGACAUCUCGUUUUUGUUGUACUCAGAAUCCUCAUGUUUGUGCGUUUUUGGAUUGAAAGACCUCUACACAGCUGUACCGGAUAAACUGCAGAAUCGACGAUGACAUCUAAAAUAAAAGUUGGGAAGGUCGGCUCCAAAAAUAAGGAGGAUGCCCCUUAUGAGUUGGAGAACCAGUUUGUCCUGAGGCUUCCUUCGGAGUACGCCUCAACAGUAAGAAGGAUUGCACAGUCUAGCAGUAUGAAUAUGAAGGACAGACUCACCAUUGAGUUGCACCCUGAUGGUCGGCAUGGCAUAGUUAGAGUAGACCGUGUUCCUUUGGCCUGCAAACUGGUGGAUUUGCCUUGUAUGAUUGAGUCACUAAAAACAGUGGACAAGAAGACGUUUUACAAGACUGCUGAUGUGUGCCAGAUGCUAGUAUGUACACUAGAUGGAGACCUUUAUCCCCCUUUGGAGGAGCCAACUGGCACUGACCCUAAGGCCAAAAAGAAGGACAAAGACAAGGACAAGAAAUUCAUUUGGAAUCAUGGCAUCACCUGCCCUCUGAAGAACACACGCAAGAGAAGAUUUCGGAAGACUGCGAAAAAAAAGUACAUUGAAUCUCCUGAUGUGGAAAAGGAAGUGAAGAGAUUGCUGAGCACAGAUGCUGAGGCUGUCAGUGUCCGAUGGGAGGUUAUUGCAGAGGAUGAGUCCAAGGAAGCAGAUCAGCACAGCUCUCUGGCCAACCUGGAUUCCUCACCUGGGACCUCAGGACACAAGGGUCAUGGGUCCUCUGUCCAGCAUGAUGAAUUGAGGGAGAUCUUCAAUGACAUCAGCAGCUCGAGUGAGGACGAGGAGGACGAAGGGGACCGGCAUGAGGACGAGGACUUGAAUAUCAUGGACACAGAGGAUGAUCUGGUCCAACAGCUCCAAGACAAACUUAACGAGUCUGAUUCUGCACAGAAUGAAAGUGAUAGAAACAACCAGAUAGUUAUGGAGUACCAGGUGCAGAUCAACAACAUUAAGUCCAAGCUUCAGGAAAUUCGUGCCCGUAAGAAACAGCAGGAGGAGCUCAUCAUGAAAGUGGAAAACCAGGCGCUCAAAAACCGUUUUCAAGCUUCGUUGAAUGAGAUUAUUCAGCAGGAGGAGAGGGAGAUGGAGAAGCUGGCCUCCCUGCAGGAGCAGCUGGACUCACUGAUAGAGAAGUGACCACCAGGGGGCAGUCUCAUGUCAUCUUCUGCCAUACAGGGAAGAUGAAGAGGAGAAAAGCCGCCUUCCAGGGAAAAAGGGAGUCUUUAUUAGAACUUGCUGUGUCAUUCCUUUAAAUUUGUCAUUGGCAUAUAUUAUACAUACAGCACACAGGUUUAUUUACUCAAAGUUCAUGUUUUUAAGUUGACAAAAUGUGGUGUUAGUUGCUGUAUGAUUAAACUUUCAUUUCAGUGGGUAAUGUUCUCUGGGUGCUAAUUGUCUCAAAGUUAAGUUGUCUCUCAGCCAACUUGGCUUUGAGACUAGCCUUUACAGGUCUUUUUUUUAUUAUUAUUUUUUAAAUCAUCUGUAUGAAAAAGAAGUUUCUGAAUUACAUUUUACAGAAUUUGUUUAUAUAUCCCUACAUUAUUGGUAUUAAUGACCAGCAUGGGCAUGGUGAUCAUUAAUAUUCUGUAGAUGUAAGAAUCUUUUUUUUUUUUUCCUCAUCAGUUUUUUGGUUCAAAUCCAGCUGUCUGUGGCAGCUGAUUUUUGUUUGCAUUUUUCUUACCAUGUUAUUUAGUACACUUUCCACUGAUCUCCUUAGGUCUGAAUCGUGUCAAAAUAGUUUUAAAUGUCAUCAGAAAUGGUUUUCUUUUUUAAAUUGUUUGCAUUUUCAGGUGCUGACAGGUAUAUAUUAUGUAAAGAAAAAGAAAUGGCCAAGUCUUUCAAUGUUUCAUUCUUCAUGAAAAGUAUUUAAAUUAAAAACAUCAGGAAGCUGUGAAAAGA